CCUACCACCUGCAUUGUUCAACACGUGAACACAAAUGAUUGCAUCUUGCAUUCAGCUCAGACAGGAUAAAUUUGCGAGAGUUGACUGGAUCGUUAACUGUUGUCCAAAGACGGUACGUUAAUCAAGCUGGUCCAGGUCCUGGACGACGACAGCCCUGAAGACUGCGACGGUACUGAGCACCACGAUGACUUGACCUAUAAGCUGCCGUCAUUAGAAACGACAAACCGCGAACUGGAGCCGCACAGGGCACAUUCUUCUUCAGACAAUUAUGACACACAGUUCCCCAGAAUUCAAACAGACAAGGGUCUCACGGGCAGCGUCAGUAAUGCGUCAUCGAUGCUCCAGAUUUCUGUCAAAGCUCAGUCGUUUUCGGAGUUAUCUCCCCAAGUUGAUGAACUCGAUAGAGGAAGCAGCGCACGCCUCAAGCGGAAGCGACCUCUGCGACUUCCGCCUAUUCUCCUUCCAAAGGUGUACACUAUCGCUCAGCGGCCUUUACAGUGCCGCGAAUUUCUCACCCCUACCAAAAUAAGGGGACCUAUUACGGACUCCGAAUGGGAGGAGCUGAAAGACUGUCGAUAUAUUCGCCAUGCACUGCCUCGGUUUUCUCUACAAGUUUCAUCCUCGAACGUUUCAUCGUUUCAUUCCUGAUUCCCUUCAUUACUGAUUCGCUUCAUUACUGACUUCUUAUGGCUACCUGAAUCGGUGUACUUUGUAAUUGGACGUGGACGAUGUGAUAUUUUCAGUUUCGAAAAGCUCCACACAAGAAACUGAUGAAACACCACGGAUUAGAAGACGGAAACUAAGAAUGGUGUUUACAGAUUUGUUUUUGUUCUCUCAACAAUUUUUUUAUCUACUCCUAAGUGGUACAUGUACAGGGUGUAUACAUCAACGCACAGCGUGAACGACUUACGACUUUGUGGUACAUGUUCAGGAGUUGCUGAACAACUUUCGAAACAAUCUUUGCAGGAUUUGUCUUCCGAGCUCUCUAUACAUAAGUCCAAUGAUAUAGAUCGUACUUGUUUUUGGAUAUGUGUUCCUGGCAUUAAAGAAAAAUAAAAGUUUUACCAGGAAGUAAAUUUGAAAACACUGCAGACAGUAUGUCGUUUGAUUUUGUCAAGAGAAGAAUGAUGUUUGUGGCACAGAAAAGCUUGAAUUUUUUCCCAACCUCUUUGCAUGUACCCAUCUUACUAGUGCACGGUAAGCAUCUACGCUUACCAGUCAGGGAAUUCGUUUACUGCUUUCAAAUAUUGAAAGAGACAAACGUUAACACUGUAUCCAUGCUUUAUCCAGAGGCGUUAGCUUUCUGUGCCAACGACAGCAUUCUGAUAGGUGACUAUUAUUAUGUGAACUUGGGCAAGAUGUGUUUGCAGAAGCUAAUAUGUUGAAAGUGUAUUAUUGAAGUGUGCCUCUAUAUACAUGUAUUUGGAAAGAAUGUCAUUAUACAACGAUUCUUCGUAUGAGGAUGAAUAAAGUAGGUCGUCACUAAGUUAAAUUAGAGUUUGUGUUUGAGGUUCAAGUAAAGGCAAGCGCCUUGACACGAUAACAGUAAUUUAGUGAAGGGUAUAGCAAGUUACAUCGACAGAAAU